UCCUCGGCGGCCGCGCACGCUGCGUGUCUUUUAAACUCUGCGCCGCCGGGUCUCUACACGUCGCUUCCUCUUUUUUUGCCCGGGAGAUGAUGGACAGCAGGAUACUGGAUCCACCUCACGCCCAGUUCGGAGGCUCGCUCGGCGGAAUGGUGAGCUUUCCGUACCACCUCAGCCACCACCAUGUGUACGAACUGGCCGGGCAUCAGUUGCAGUCAGCGGCCGCCGUCCCUUUCUCCAUAGACGGAUUACUGAACGGCUCGUGCGCCGCCUCGGUGGUGAACUCAAACCCGCUGCUGUCGUCUGGCUGCGCUAUGAAUGGAGAUAACCAGCAGUACAAACUGACAGAUUCGGGAGAUCCAGAGAAGGAUAGCCCUGGUUGUAAGAGAAGGAGAACUCGCACCAAUUUCACUGGCUGGCAGCUGGAAGAAUUAGAGAAGGCAUUUAAUGAGAGCCAUUAUCCAGAUGUGUUCAUGAGGGAGGCUCUGGCUCUCAGACUGGACUUGAUAGAAUCGAGGGUGCAGGUGUGGUUCCAGAACCGCAGAGCCAAGUGGAGGAAAAAAGAGAACACGAAGAAAGGUCCAGGCCGACCAGCGCACAAUUCGCAUCCGACCACGUGCAGCGGUGAGCCCAUGGACGCUGAAGAGAUCGCGCGGCGCGAGCGCGAGCGCAUGGAGAAGAAGAAACGCAAGCAGGAAAAGCGGUUGCUGCGGUCGCAGAAUAACAAGCUGAUAUCCGGGGACUUGUUCCACACGCCGGGCUCGGACAGUGACAGCUGCGUGUCGCAUGUGACGGACAGCGAACACCAGAACAUGCAAUGCGAAGUUGUCGGCCGUCACCAAACGCACGCGAACUGCGAGCAAACGCCAAACCAAAGAAGUGCGCACGCAGACGCGAGCGGAGCCGAGCUGGACUCAUCCGAGGGCGCGCGUCAGGCAAACCUCGCCAGAUCUCCCGGCCUCCAAAAAGCCAAUCCUUUCAGCGUGGAGAGCCUGCUGUCGGACUCCAGGCCACGGCGUAAACCUGCUGUUGACUUCCCAGUAGCCUCUGCGCGGCCUUUGAUAGGGAAGGGCCACUUUUUGCUUUACCCCAUCACACAGCCGCUCGGUUUCAUUGUACCACAGACUGCUCUAAAGGGCACGGCGGCAGGUAACGAGGAAGAGUACGAGCACGGGCCAAAGGUUCCCGUAAGCGACAGUGAUGCUACCGGAAGCCCAGUACAGAGGUGUGACGCGGAGCUGAGCAGUGUAAACCCAAAUGCGACAGCAAUCAAAGGCCAGGUCAGUCCAUCGGGUCCACUCGCGUGUUCACUACAGGCCAGUCCGGGCCAAGCCUAUAACGGGCCCUCACCGGGUGAAGUGUGUCCGCCAGAUAGAGAGUCAGAGCUCGCCUGUCCAAAGUCUCCCCCGACCGAAAAAAAGGAGCAGUCGUUAGGCGUGUUCGAUUAUCCACAGAGCUCCGAAUCGCCUUCAACCCACACGGACACCGACAAAGACUCGGCUCAUGUCGAUAUGGGAUAAAUUGGGCUUUGCAUAAAUCGAGGAGUGUCAAUUUAUUUCCUGACACUCAUUCGAAGCUUAACCGAAGAGGAAAAACACACUGAUAUAUCAACGCGGCCCCCUUUUAUUUUAUUUUUUAUUAUUAUUAUUUUUUUUUCCAUUGACAUAUUUAUAUUAUGA